AUGCCAGCUCUGCCUUUGGACGAACUCCAGAUCACCCACAAGGACCCGAAGACAGGAAAGCUGAGGACUUCACCAGCUCUGCACCCCGAGCAGAAGGCAGACCGGUAUUUUGUGUUAUACAAACCGCCCCCUGAAGACAACAUUCCCACCCUUGUGGAGGAGUAUCUGGAACGUGCCACCUUCAUAGUCAACGACCUUGACUGGCUUCUGGCUUUGCCUCACGAUAAAUUCUGGUGCCAGGUUAUCUUUGACGAGACCCUGCAGAAGUGCCUGGACUCCUACCUUCGUUAUGUCCCCCGGAAAUUUGAUGAGUGGGUGGCCCCAGGCCCUGAGGUUGCUGACUUGCAGAAGCACCUCCAUCGAAGCGUUUUUCUCACCUUCCUCCGCAUGUCCACUCACAAGGAAUCCAAAGAUCACUUCAUUUCCCCUUCUGUGUUUGGAGAAAUCAUCUACAAUAACUUCCUGUUCGACAUCCCAAAGAUCCUGGACCUCUGCGUGCUCUUUGGAAAAGGCAACUCGCCACUGCUCCAGAAGAUGAUAGGAAACAUCUUUACCCAGCAGCCAAGUUACUAUAAUGACCUGGAUGAAACCAUCCCCACCAUUCUUCAGGUGUUCAGCAAUAUCCUCCAGCACUGUGGCUUGCAAGGGGAUGGGGCCUGCACCACACCCCAGAAGCUCGAGGAGAAGGGCCGAUUGACCCCCAGUGACAUGCCUCUCCAGGAGCUGAAGGACAUUGUGCUCUACCUUUGCGAUACCUGCACGACACUCUGGGCCUUUCUGGACAUCUUCCCUUUAGCUUGCCAAACCUUCCAGAAACAUGACUUCUGUUCCAGACUAGCUUCCUUUUAUGAAACGGCAAUUCCCGAACUGGAGUCAGCAAUUAAGAAGAGGAGACUUGAAGACAGCAAGCUGCUGGGUGACCUGUGGCAGAGGCUCUCCCAUUCCAGGAAGAAGGUAGUGGAGAUUUUUCAUACCCUCAUGAGCCAGGUCUGCCUCCUCCCCGUCCUGGAAGGCAGCUGUGACAAUGUUCAGAGCUUCACCGAGGAGUUCCUUCAGAUCUUCAGCUCCUUGCUGCAAGAGAAGAGGUUCCUCCGGGACUAUGACACCCUCUUCCCUGUGGCUGAUGACGUCAGCUUGCUGCAGCAGGCCUCAUCGGUCUUCGAUGAAACACGCACCGCCUACAUCCUCCAGGCAGUCGAGAGUGCGUGGGAAGGGGUGGACAGACAGAAAGCCAUGGAGGCUAAAGACCCACCAGUGGCUGAGGAUCCUAAUGGGGUCGGGGUGAUGGCCGAGCCAGUUAAUCAAACACCAUCACACCCAGAGAACUCGGAGGAAGAGGAGUGCAUGGGGGCAGCUGCUGCUCUGGGCCCUGCUGUGUCUGGCGUGGAGCUGGACUCGCUCAUCUCCCAAGUGAAGGACCUGCUGCCAGACCUUGGAGAGGGCUUCAUCCUGGCCUGCCUGGCGCACUACAGCUACGACCCGGAGCAGGUGAUCAACAACAUCCUGGAGGAGCGGCUGGCCCCGGUCCUCAGCCAGCUGGACCGCAGCCUAGACAGACAGGCGAAGCCAGACCCGACUCCCCUAUUGAGAUCUCGUCACAACAUCUUCCAGAACGAUGAGUUUGACGUGUUCAGCAGGGACUCGGUGGACCUGAGCCGGGUGCACAAGGGCAGAAGCACCAGGAGGGAGGAGAACACACGUAGCCUGCUGAACGACAAGCGAGCCGUGGCAGCUCAGCGACAGCGGUACGAGCAGUACAGCGUGGUGGUGGAGGAGGUACCACUGCAGCCCGGGGAGGGCCUGCCCUAUCGCAGUGAUGACUAUGAGGACGAGUACGAUGACACAUACGAUGGCAACCAGGUGGGCGCCAAUGACGUGGACUCAGAUGACGAGCUCAUCAGCCGCAGGCCUUUCACCACCCCUCAGGUGCUGAGAACCAAGGUGCCCAGCGAAGGGCAAGAGGAGGAGGAAGAGGAGGAAGAGGAGGCUAAAGAGCAGGCCCCCAAGCCCGACUACUUCGUGCAGGACCCCGCGGUGCUGAGAGAGAAGGCAGAAGCCAGGCGCAUGGCCUUUCUCGCCAGGAAGGGGUACCGGCACGACAGCUCGACAGCAGUGGCCGGCAGCCCCCGGGGCCAUGGGCAGAACCGUGAGACAACCCAGGAACGCAGGAAGAAGGAAGCCAGCAAAGCCACGAGAGCCAAUCACAGCCGGAGGGCCAUGGCCGACCGAAAGAGAAGCAAAGGCAUGAUCCCAUCCUGA